AUGGCUGGAUUGUGGCAGCAGCUCAGCUCCCUGCGGCAGGGUCGAGCUCUGGCUCUCCUCCACUUCAUUCUCUACCUUCCCUCAGGUGCUCUUCCCUGGGAUACCAAAGCCAGUUCACCCCCUCCAGAGGGGUUUCAGGUGGUGAAGGGGAAUUUCUCUCGGCUUUUCCUCCGUGUUGGCUACCAUAAGAUUGCAGAAAUUCCUGCAGGAGCAUGCAACAUCAGCAUACAAGAGACAAUAAAGAGUCGAAACUACCUGGCUCUGCAGACCAAAAGUGGUAUCUCCAUCAUUAAUGGCAACUGGGCGAUUGACAGGCCGGGGGUCUUCACCGCUGUGGGAACACAGCUGACGUACCAACGACCUAAUGAAAUCCGCUCUCGCAGGGGAGAGUCCAUCACAGCACUCGGGCCAUUGGCUGAGGACCUGCAUGUUUAUUUGAUCUAUCAGCAACCAGGUCCCAGUAUAUACUAUGAAUAUAGUGUACCUUUAAAAAACACACACUCCACCUCGGAGCCAGAUUCACCCUCCGAUAUUCUGCCACUGGUUAAGACAGGAAGCCCAUCUCACUCAGGUGAGGUCCACCAAGGUGGUGUCGCCAACAGUGACAUCAUCAAAGAGAAACCCCACCCUAACCAGGUUCCCUCCGACCCCAGCUUGAACUCUGAGGCCCGGCCCACCUACACCUGGACCAAAAGUGGGCACACAGAGUGCAGCACGACCUGUGGCACUGGCAGGCAUCAGGUCCUCUGGGAGUGUGUUGAGAAAGAUUCCCAGGUGACUGUUUCUGCUGACCUCUGUGACACUGCCCUCAAACCAACAAACCAGGAAGAGGACUGCAACAUCCAGUCCUGUCCUGCAUACUGGGACGUGGGCGAGUGGUCAGAGUGCAGCAGGAGGUGUGGACCAGGGACUCAGCAUCGCCAGGUCAUCUGUCGUCAGGUCACUUAUGUUCAAGCCAAUGGGACGGAGACCUCAGUUACUGUGGCACCAGAGCUGUGUGGGCUGUCUGACAGGCCGGUUACCAAGUCCACAUGUCAGCUUAAGAUUUGUAGCCAGUGGGAGAUACGAUCUGAAUGGAGCCCAUGUUCGGUGCCAUGCGGGGUGGGCCAGCGCAGCAGGGAGGUGGUGUGUGUGAGCAACCAGGGUGAUGUGGAGAAGGAUGAGGAGUGCAACAUGAACCUAAAGCCCGAAACACUACAGAACUGUGACAUGGGAGCCUGUGCACGCAGCUGGUUCACCUCCCUCUGGAGCCAAAGGUGCUCUGCAGAGUGUGGUCAAGGCAAUCGAACCCGGACGACAGUGUGCCUGAUAGAUCAUACAACUGAUCUCCCAUUGGACAGCUGUGAAGGGGAACGGCCAGCAGAAGUGACAUCAUGUGAUUCAGGACCCUGCCAGAACCAGCUGGAGUGGUACACUGGACCCUGGGGUCAGUGUUCUGCAGAGUGCGGGAAUGGCACACAGACCCGGAGUGUGGCUUGUAUUUUCAACAACAAUGGUCGCAUGGAGAUUGUGGACCAGUUAAAAUGUUCCAGUCUCUCUCAGCCUAUCACAGCUCAGCUCUGUAGACUGAAGCCAUGUGGAGUCCAGUGGUAUGUCACAGAAUGGAGUGCGUGUUCACGCUCCUGCAACGGCGGCUAUCGUGUGCGUGAGGUGCGCUGUCUUGCUGACAACAUUUCCCCAAGCGACCGCUGUGACCACAGUUUGACCCCAGAGAGCCGAGAAGAAUGCAACAAACAACCUUGCUUAGCUGAGAUAAAUCCAUCGUGCAGCGAUCAGUAUCAUAACUGUAUGGUGGUGGUUCAAGCCCGACUCUGCAUCUACCCUUACUACAGAAGCGUGUGCUGCGCCUCUUGCUCCCGUGCCCAGAAAACUUACCCCAGUUCAUUACAAAAGAGCUACAUCCGCAGGUGAUGCUGCAACGUCAGAUCACAAUUCAAAAACAGCACUAUGAGCGCCACAGUACGCGGGACUGUAGGGCAUGGUUUGAUAUUCUGUCACUCAGUGCGAAAGAUUAAUGGACCGAGUAAUCAGCUGCUUUCUACUAUCACACACACUCCAACAGCACGAAUACUGCUGUUGGAGUUUCACGACACUGACACGAAACGAAAUAAUAACCUGAAACCUUCUUAAUCUCAUAACAACACUCUCACUAACACAUGCCUUUUAAAGAAUAUCAAUAUGUUUAGGAUGAAUGUUUUGAUUUUCAUUGUAACUUUAAACUGGACUGGUCACAUUUG